AUGCUUCUGCGUCCGGCAGCCGGCAAACAUGAGCCACCCAGCCCUCCACGGCAGGAGCAGCAGCGGCACGCACACCCAUACGCGCACUCAGCCAACGGCAGCCAGGGGGGCAGCUCCGACAGCUCCCGGGAAGAGGACAGCGCCAUUCCCUUUCCCAGCGCCGGAGUGGGUUUCCGUCCCGGCGCAGAGCGGAGCAGCGCUGCACCCAUGGAGGAGCCAACAGGCAACACGGUAGUCAUCCGCAUUGGAAUCCCUGACCUGCAGCAGACGAAAUGUUUGAAAUUCAACGUGGACGCUCCAAUAUGGCUGUCCAAACAACGGAUCCUGUGCAGCCUCAACCAGAGCCUGAAGGAUGUGCUCAACUAUGGCCUGUUUCAGCCUGCGUUCAACGGCAAAGCGGGGAAGUUCCUGGACGAGGAGAGACAGCUCCGAGAGUACCCAUUUCCAUCCAUAGCACCGGUCCCUUACCUGGAGUUUCGCUACAAAAGACGAGUCUAUACUCAAACCUACCUGGAUGAAAAGCAGUUAUCAAAGCUCCACACUAAGGCCAACUUGAAGAAGUUUAUGGAGUAUGUGCAGCAGAGGAACAUCGAGAAACUCUCACGGUUUCUGGAAAAAGGCUUGGACCCUAACUUCCAUGAUCCGGACACAGGAGAAUGCCCUCUCACGCUGGCUGCACAGUUGGAGGGCUGUGCAGAGCUCAUAAAGGUGCUGAAGAGUGGAGGUGCUCAUCUGGACUUCAGGACCAAAGAUGGCAUCACGGCUCUCCACAAGUCGGUGCGCAGCAAGAACCACACCGCCCUCAUUACCCUGCUUGACCUGGGGGCAUCACCUGACUAUAAGGACAGUAGAGGCCUGACCCCACUGUACCACAGCUCCAUGGUGGGAGGAGACCCCUACUGCUGUGAGCUGCUGCUGCACGACCACGCCCUGGUGGGCUGUGUGGACGAGAACGGAUGGCAAGAAAUCCACCAGAUUUCAAAACUCAGCUCCACCUGCUGUAGGCUUGGUUAUGGCCCGUGCAGCCCUGGGAGAUCUGCUUUUAUGGGGGGACAUGAGUGCACACGGAGGGUUCAGGUGGACGUGUUUAGAUAUGGCUCAUCUGCAGUCCAGUUGUGUCUGCCUCCAAACUCGGCUGCCUUUGUGGAAUACCAUGACAGCUGCGCGCGGGUGCUUCUGUUCCGCGGAGCCAAUAAGGAGAUAAAGAACUACAACAGUCAGACUGCCUUUCAGGUGGCCAUUAUCGCUGGAAACUUUGAUCUGGCUGAAAUUAUAAAGGUUCACAAAACGUCAGAUGUUGUGCCUUUCAGGGAGACCCCUUCCUACACUAACCGCAGACGGAUGAUACCCGGCCCCCUGCCCUCCCCGCGCUCCCUGCUCCGCUCCGCAAUCCCCUCCCUGCGCAGUCUGCCUGCUUUCAGCCAGCACCACAGUAGCCUUGGAGAGAGCCGUCAUGGUGAGAUGCCUGACAGCAGUCUCCAGAGCACAGGCAGCUCCAGAUCGUCCCACUCACGCUCACCAUCCCUGCACCACACACACGACGAGGACAGGCCGGUUCCCCGGAGGUCCCAUAGCCACGGGUACCCCCAUGGACACAGCCAGCGCGGGAGGCUCAGCCCUGGCUCUGUGCAGCGAGACACUAGCCCACCCCACCACACUCCUCCCAUGCUGUCAUGCCCUCGGGGGCCCAAGAGGAAACUCUACAGUGCUGUCCCGGGACGUACCUUUAUUGUAGUAAAGCCCUACACACCCCAGGGAGAGGGUGAGAUCCAGCUCAAUCGAGGAGAGAGAGUGAAAGAGUAUGACUGUAAUGACGUAGAAGUAUUGAGCAUAGGUGAAGGAGGAUUCUGGGAAGGCACGGUGAAAGGACGAACUGGCUGGUUCCCUGCCGACUGUGUGGAGGAGGUGCAGAUGCGGCAGUAUGACCCCCGGCUCGAAAGUCGUGAGGACCGGACGAAGAGACUGUUCCGACACUACACUGUGGGAUCAUAUGACAAUUUCAACUCAUACAGUGACUACAUCAUCGAGGAGAAAAAUGCUAUUUUGCAGAAGAAAGAGAAUGAAGGCUUUGGAUUUGUCCUGCGCGGAGCCAAAGCUGAAACUCCCAUUGAAGAAUUCAGUCCGACCCCAGCCUUCCCUGCCUUGCAAUACCUGGAGUCUGUGGAUGUGGAGGGAGUGGCCUGGAGGGCCGGUCUGCGCACGGGAGACUUCCUUAUUGAGGUUAAUGGGGUGAACGUGGUGAAGGUGGGCCAUAAGCAGGUGGUGUCUCUGAUACGUCAGGGGGGCAACCGGCUCCUGAUGAAGGUGGUCUCAGUCACACGCAAACCCGAGUCCGACGAAGUGGUGCGCAAGAAAGCCCCGCCCCCGCCCAAGAGGUCCCCCAGCACCACCCUGACGUUGCGCUCUAAAUCCAUGACGGCCGAGCUGGAGGAGCUGGCUUCUGCAAGGAGGAGAAGAGGAGAGAGGCUGGAUGAGAUGCUGGCGUCACAGGAGUCCAUGUUACACUCUCAGCCCCUGGAGGCCGACUACAGAGCAGCUACGGUCAAGCAGAGGCCCAGUACCCGGAGGAUCACCCCUGCUGAGAUCAGCUCUUUAUUUGAGAGACAAGGGAUGACCUUCCAUGGAGCUCUUCACCCCAGCAUGGACCGAGGCCACAUCCCCCUACCAAAAGGGAUGUCCAGGACAAAAUCUUUUGGUGCCUCUGAAGAGGACCGCCUGUCUGCAUUGGCUGGAGAGCACCGUUUCCCUCGCAGCUCAUCCAUGACCGAUAGUUUGCGGGACCAUUCCCAACCACGCAGCAUCCCCCCACCCCCACAGACUGCCCCUCCUCCCCCACCAUACUACCUGGACACCGGGCCUCCUCCAGCCUUCUGCCCCCCACCACCCCCUUCCAGAACUCAGAGCCAGGGCCACGAGCCUGGGGGCCGCUCUAGCUUUAAGCCCUCCAGUCUAGAUUUGCCCUAUGAAGCAGCUCACAGGCAGGCCACACACCUAGAGAGGCAGAAGAAGGCUCGCUCCAUGAUCAUCCUACAGGACUCUUCUCAUCUCCCUGUUGAGCCCACAGAGAUCCCCCGGCCCUCUGCUGCCACCCCACCAGAGCGCAUCAAAAGGAAAGGCCGCAUCAUUGAUAACCCUUAUGCCAACGUGGGACAGUUUAGCAUCGGGCUGUAUGCGCCCACCAAGCCCCAGAGAAAGAAGAGUCCUUUAGUCAAGCAGCUACAGGUUGAAGAUGCACAAGAAAAGGCAUGUUUAGCCCUGGCGACCCACUCUCGAGAGACCUCCCCCUCAGGGCGACCACCUCUUGCCCAUGGCCACUCUCACACCAGCCGGGUGGACUACUACCAGCAGCAGCUGAUGGCUGAGAGACAGAGUCUGCGUGCCCAGGGAGACAUGUUUCAGGGUAAGGGGCCAUUUGCUGCUGCCAUCGCUGGAGCAGUGAAGGACCGAGAGCGUCGCUUAGAGGAGCGGAGGAAAUCCACUGUCUUCCUUUCUGUGGGGACCAUGGAGGGGGCAUCUAGCACCAGCCUGGACAACCCCUCACUUACUCAGUCUCACUCCAUUGAUGAACGGUUGCUCUCAAGGGAGCUGGGACAACUGCCUCCCCCUGCCUUGGCACUCAGCCCCUCACCUAGUGGGACCACCUUUAUCCAUCCACUCACAGGAAAGCCCUUGGACCCCAAUUCACCACUGGCUCUUGCGCUGGCCGCAAGGGAGAGGGCCCUGACCUCCCAGAGCCAGUCCCCCACUGGCAGCCCAGAGCCUAGGACUAAACUGGAGCGGGCCAGCCAGGGUAUCCUGUUGUUUGAUACUCAGACCAAAGAGUCUUCUCUUAGGGACGGGGUAUCCGCAUCCCCACCCUUCUCUCCAAAAAGCACCAAGGCAGCAGGUUACGGAGUUGGACCUUCACCCAGUCCUGUUCUCCUUCCCCAGCCCACCAAACAGUGGGUGACGUCAUCAUCACCUGUAUUAUUUCGACAAGAAGUGGAAAGCAGAGGAGAAGACAGGCUUGAUGAUAAGAAGAGCAUGUUGAUUAGUAUAAUGGACACAUCACAACAGAAAUCUGCAGGUCUUGUCAUGGUGCAUGCCACCAGUAAUGGUCAGGAAGUGGAAGGCAGCUCAGAAACAGAACCAAGGAGAGUUAGUACGCCCACAGAACUCAGCAAAGUUGUGGCCACACGAGCCAAGUCUCCCAGCCCCACUGUGUCCCUGCUCCAAGCGCAGGCCAUGCGUCCAACCACCCCAGCCCAAGAGAAGAACCUUCCUCUGGGAAGCUCAGAGGAAGAUGCAGACCCUUAUACCGUGACCCUGCCCCCUGCCAUGCUCACCUCCAGCGAUGAGGAGACUAGAGAAGAACUCAAAAAGAUUGGCGUUCUCCCUCCACCGGAUGAGUUUGCCAAUGGGCUGCUGGCACAGGGGGCAAAUGCAGUCACUAUAUCCACUAUCUCCAUGACCCCUGCAUCCAUAACCUCCAAAACAUCCACCACUUACACCACUACAAUAACAGCCAGCCUGCCUCAGCCUCCACCCCCAAGUGCUGUCUCAGGGAAGCCUUCGGAGCCCCCCCAAGUGGUUGAGUCUGGUUCUGCAGCUGACUCAGGUGUUGAGGAGGCUGAUACCCGCAGCUCCAGUGAGAAAGAGCGGGACCACCACCUGGAGACCACCAGCACUGUCUCCACCGUCUCCAGCAUGUCCACACUGUCCUCAGAGAGCGGAGAGCCAGCCGACACACACACCACUCACACCUCCUACGCUGAUGGACAGACUUUUGUGCUGGAUAAGCCGCCAGUGCCUCCCAAGCCCCGCCUCAAGUCCCAGAUGGGAGGAGCUAAAGGCUCGGUCACCUUCAGGGACCCUCUGUUAAAGCAGAGCUCUGACAGUGAGCUGUUGUCCCAGCAGCAAGCCGCAGCCCUGGCUGCUGCAGCUGCUGGUGGAGUCGGACUGCCCCCUGGUGGAUCAGCAUCAGUGACUGGACUGGCCUCUACUAAGCCACGCUACCUCUUCCAACGGAGGUCCAAACUCUGGGGAGACCCAGUGGAGCCUCGAGGCCCUGGAGUGGGCUUGGCUCUCGGGAGUUUGGGUAAUCUGGGUGGGCUGGGGCUGGGAAUGGGCUCGGAUGAGGGAAGACCCUCUGUCAUGGGCGAGCUGAGUUCACGCCUUCAGCAACUAAACAAAGACACCCGCUCCUUGGGAGAAGAACCUCUGGGAGCAUCCCUCGACCCCGGGAGGAAGUCACCAGUAUCAGGUGCCAGACUCUUCAGCAGUCUAGGGGAGCUCCACACCAUCUCCCAGAGGAGCUACGGCACCACGUUCACCAUCCGGCCUGGCAGUCGAUACCCCAUGACCCGCCGCACCCCCAGCCCGGGUUCCCCAGACAGGGACCCUCUGGGACGCUUCAGCGGAUUCGGCCUGCCCGGCUCCCCCACAUCUUCCCCACAGACCAUCCUCAAGUCGUCUAGCCUCAGUCUGCCCCAGGAGCCCAAGGAGGUCCGCUUUGUGAUGAGGAGCUCCAGUGCACGAUCACGCUCUCGCUCUCGCUCCCCGUCCCCCUCCCCCUCUCACUCCCCCCGCAUGGGCUCUCCCUUGUUGUCCCUGCGGCCUUUCCACCAGAAGCCCCUGCACCUGUGGAACAAAUACGACGUGGGAGACUGGCUGGAGAGCAUCCACCUGGGAGAGCACCGUGCAGGCUUCCAGGAGCACGAGAUAGAGGGCUCCCACCUGCCUGCCCUCACCAAGGACGAAUUUGCAGAGCUGGGCGUGACGCGGGUGGGACACCGCAUGAACAUAGAGCGCGCUCUGAAGCAGCUGCUGGAGAGCUGA